GAAGCUACCAAGACUUAUUAACCUAAUUAUAUUUAUCUUCAUUAGCAGUAUCAAUAUAAGCAGUUAAACCUCACUCGCCAUAUUUUAUGGAUAUUUUUGAUUAGAGCCUUAAUUCGCAUAAUAUCGCUUGUUGAAGUCUCAACUAUUUUAAAUCAAAAAAAAGAAAAUCCAGUAAAUAUUGAACAAAACUUAAGUUUAGAAAGUUUUCAAUUGCCAAGAAGAAUAAAUACAAUUAUUGAUUACGUCCACAACUGAGAACGGUUUUUAUUGAGGGUCUAACCUUCAAAUUUCGUGUUGGAUUAGUCCUUACCCUUGCCAUCAAACACCUACUAUAUCCAGACUCACUUUCGUUGCAAAAAUAUAAAAUGUCGAAAGAUUUAUGUCCAUCUUAUGCACCCUUUUUUGGGUUCGCUGGUGUUUCGGCCUCAAUGGUAUUUGCAUGUCUUGGUGCUGGAUACGGAACUGCCAUUUCAGGUUGUGGUAUCGCUGCUGCGGGAUCGUUUAAGCCAGAAAUUAUCAUGAAAUCUCUAAUUCCCGUGGUUAUGAGUGGUAUUAUCGGUGUAUAUGGUCUCGUUAUGUCUGUUUUAAUUGCUGGUGACAUGUCUCCCGACAGUAAUUACUCGCUCUUCAGCGGUUUCGUUCAUUUAUCUGCCGGUGUCGCUGUAGGUCUUACUGGUGUUGCUGCAGGCUACGCUAUCGGUAUUGUUGGCGAUAAAGGUGUUCGAAGUUUCCUGCUACAAGAAAAAAUCUUUGUAAGCAUGGUUUUGAUUCUCAUUUUCGCCGAAGUACUCGGCUUGUACGGUCUAAUUAUUGGUCUCAUUCUGCAGACCAAGGUCGACAAUGUCUGUUUCUAAUUACAAUAAUACAUCAAAUUUUGUCAGUUGUCGUGGGCCAUUUGAGCAUCUUCUCACUUCUUUUUUGGAAUUUGUUCACUGACGAACCUUAACCUAUGCUACCGGAUCAUAAUACAAAGUCAAGAUCAAGCUUGCAGAUAUUAGUACAUUGUUAAUUAAUAAUUUACAUCUACUCCCUCCAUUCCUGGUAAAUAUUCUAAAUAAGAGUAUGUACCUUUAGAGCUUAUUAAAGAAGAGUCUCAAUCUAUCUGUAAUGCAAUUAAUUGCAAACCC